UCGUGGUGUUCUGUUCCCCAGCCGGCGCCACCCAAAACCCCUUCCUUCUCUGCGACGCCGACGCGGGCGCCGGUACCACCGCCGCGCCCGCCCGUCGCAGCGCUCCUCCUCGGCUGCGUCCCGCCCCCGCACACUUCGAUCAUCAGCCCGCUGUUCAUUGGGGGAACCUCGAUUCGGCUCGGUAGAGCGGAUAAAGGAGCGCGAAGAUGUCGGAUUUCCAGACCUCCACGCACCGGGAGCGGUGGAUCUUCCAGCCGCACGACUUGAUGGAUAAGUGGGCAGCGGCCAACCAGCGUUCUGCCGAGACCCUCGCGCAGUAUGGAACGACACGGUUGAAGGUGGACCCUGUCGAUGGGUCGAUAUCAUACCCUGAACCUGCUCCUGAUCAUGUUGUCGGGAGCUCGAGUGUGAAGCCUCUAUCAUGUGAAGAGGAACAAUUAAUGCGGGUAUUUUACGAGCAAAAGAUUCAAGAAGUGUGUGCAGCAUUCAAGUUCCCUCACAAAAUUCAGGCUACAGCAAUAAUAUAUUUCAAGAGAUUCUAUCUACAGUGGUCUGUAAUGGAGCAUCACCCAAAGCAUAUUAUGUUAACUUGUGUGUAUUCUUCUUGCAAAGUGGAAGAAAAUCAUGUUUCUGCUGAGGAACUUGGUAAAGGAAUUCAGCAGGAUCACCAGAUUAUUCUAAAUAAUGAGAUGAUCGUUCUUAAAUCUUUGGAUUUUGAUCUGAUCGUUUAUGCUCCUUAUCGUCCUAUCGAAGGAUUUAUUGACGACAUGGAUGGUUUCUGCAAGGCAGGCAAUGGUGCACACCAACGAUUAAAGGAGUUGCACCAAACUGCGAAUUCUCAUGUUGACAAAAUGAUGUUGACUGAUGCACCCCUUCUCUAUUCUCCUGGACAGUUGGCUUUGGCUGCUCUGUCCAAGUCCAAUGAUAUGCACCAGGUCCUCAAUUUUGAAAGAUACUUGGGAAGUGUUUUCUCAAGGCAAAAAUCUAAUUGUCCAGUAGAACAAUUUGUUCAGACAAUCAAUGCAAUUAAUUACUUGGUUGACCAGCUUCAAAUACCUACUCUUAAAGACAUGAGGCAUGCUGAUCGCAAGCUGAAGCAUUGUCUGGAUCCAAGCUCUCAUGACGAGUAGGCUUUCUCACAAGCCUCUAUGUCCUCCAUGAUUUUUACCGGUUGCACUCAUGUUUGUUGUUUGGAAAUUUAUCGUUUGACCAUGUUCUUUCCACUUCUUGGUCUCUAAAUUGUUGUGUAAUGCUUCCCCACCAAAACAGCUAGAAGUCAUACGGUUGGGCAGCGAUGUUAUAUAGGAACCAGCUCUAAAGAUGUGGUGGCUCUUGAGCUGAUCCAAUUUUGGUUCCAACUUGCCCAGUCGACAUCAGUGAUAUGUUGAGCUGAUCUCUUCACCAGCUUAGACAGUUAUUGGCUGUGGACAAACAAUUUACAGAUGGGCGCCUCAUUGCAACCUUGUUGGCCCUUGCACGACCACUGCCAACGAUCUUACUUUUUGUAACCUAUAAUCUUUAUAGAGGAUAACUGCAGGCAAGGCACUAAUUUGUAACUUAAAUCUUGUUAGAGUAACUUAAUUUUCUUGGCACAAGGCGAGCGAUGCAAAACAUCGGAAAUGCUGCUAUACGGGAAUGAUACAAUAUUGGUUGGGUGUCAGCCAAGAUACUAGUGUUGAUUAAUCAUCGCUUGGUGUUUCUCGUUUGCAAUUCUUGCUAUUGAUGUGCAGACCUUGAAUCCCGUUCAAGAUUACAUUUAUUUUGCUUUC